AGAUAACAGAUCCAGGAUGGGGGCAAACAUGAACACACACACGUUUUCCACUAAAGCCUCUCUUACAGUAGAUGGACUGUAGGCUCAGGUGCUCGGUCAGACUUUAAGUUGUAUAACUUCAGCUGAUGUUUCCUGCUGAGGGCGAUGACACUUUAAAAUAACAUCUGGACGGACAGAAACUGAAGCUGCUGCAGAAUGAGAAAACAGCAAGAGGAUCUUCACGUGAUUUCAGAGUGAAGAUGGACCUGAGAAACACUCCUCGUAAUGUCAGCAGAAACCACCAUGGAGGAUUUGGACGUCGAAGAAGAAGAAAGGAAAGACAGCUCCCCGGUCCAGCCCCGGUUCUCCCAGGCGGACCCCGCUCUGCUGUACCCGGCUCCCCUCUCCCCUGCCCCGGACCCGCUCUCUCACCUGGGGUCGCUGCUGGCCGGAGGAUGGGACAGGAGUGCGGAGCUGGGGUUUCAGAGCUGUCAGUUACAGGGUAGAGAAGCUCACGCUGACCAGAGCGUCACCAUCCUGCACGCCAAGGUCGCUCAGAAGUCCUACGGCAACGAGAAGAGGUUCUUCUGUCCUCCGCCCUGUGUCUACAUCAGCGGUCCUGGAUGGAGAGUCAUGCAGAACCAUCUGAAAGCGGCAGGUUAUGGAGACGCUGUGUAUCGAGUGUGUGGCUACAUGUGUCUGGACACCACCAGCCAGUCUCAGGCCGACGCUUACAAGCUGGUGUUCAACGAGCAGCCCAACUCCAGGAUGUUUGCCUCGGCCAAGUCCCUGUUCAUCUCCGACCAGGACAAGAGGAAACACUUCUGCCUGCUGCUGCGUCUCUUCCUGGGAAACAGACUGGAGGUGGGUUCGUUUCAGAGCCGGAUGAUCAAAGUCAUCUCCAAACCGUCGCAGAAGAGACAGUCCAUGAAGAACGCCGACCUGUGCAUCUCGUCGUGUUCCAGAGUGGCUUUGUUUAACCGCCUGCGCUCGCAGACGGUCAGCACGCGCUACCUCUCCGUGGACAGAGGAGCUUUCAUCGCCAGCCCCAGACAGUGGACCGCCUUCACCAUCACUCUGGUGGAGGACCAGCAUGCUGACCACGGCGACUUCGUGCUGAGCGACGGCUUCAUCUGUUACGGCUGUGUGGUCCAGUUGGUGUGCAGCGAGUCAGGAGUCGCUCUGCCACCCAUGGUGAUCCGUAAGGUGAACAAGCAGCACGCCAUCCUGGACGUGGACGAGCCGGUGUCUCAGCUCCAUAAAUGUGCCUUUCAGUUCAGAGACGAUCCCAACGCUUACUUGUGUCUGUCCAACGACGCCAUCAUACAGCACCAGGCCUCCCCCAGCCUGACCGACCCCCUCAGAGUGGGUCUGAACGACGGCUCCUGCUGGACCAUCAUCGGGGUGGAGGUGGUGGAGUUCACCUUCAAUCAGGGCUCCUCCUGCAUCCAGACUCCUGUCACUCCUUUUCCCGUCAUCUGCGGGUUAGAGGUAAAUGGCGGUGGACACGUCGCCAUGCUGGAGGUCUACGGAGAAAACUUCAGCCCUCAUCUCAAAGUGUGGUUCGGAAACAGCGAGGCUGAGACCAUGUUCAAGUCUCCCAAGUCUCUGCUCUGCGUCGUCCCAGACAUCUCCGUGUUCAGCGACGGAUGGAGAUGUCUGCGUCGAGUCCUCACCGUCCCUCUGGCUCUCAUCCGAUCGGACGGCCUGAUCUACCGGACGUCCUUCAGCUUCACCUACACCCCCGAGCUGCAGCCCUCGCCGCCCAGCCGAGGAGCGCCAGGGGGAGGGAAGAGAGAGGGGGGGACGGAGGGUGGCCAGCAGGAGGACGUCCUGUUGGAGACCAUCCACCAGGAGUUCACCAGAGCCAACUUCCACCUGUUCAUGCAGAGCUAGACCUCAGGGCGAUGAUGGAGCAGAGACUGCUGUUGGAUUCUCAAAGAACUGGAUGCCUGUUCCUGGAGGACAAUUUUCCUUCUUCAUCCUCUUCAUCUUCGAGGAUUAUUGCACCAGAAUAUAACAUUUUAAUGAUGGAAAUAAAGAAAAGUCCUGCAAAGAAAAUGAUAGGAACAUAAUUUCAAUACUGAUUUGUACAAUGAAGUAAGCAACUAUGGUACCUAAAUCAAUAACUGAGGUACAUUCGAUUAUAGAUUUGGCUUUUGUGUAAUUAAAACUUUUGUUAAAAUCAAAAUUCAUUGUAAUUAUACGCGUGAUAAGUGUGAGUCUGCGGUUACUCAUAUUAAAUCA